CACGCGAUAUAACCGAACUUCGAUUUUCGUUCAAGGACGACUUACCCAAGUCCGACUCACGUAAGUUCUGUUUAUAAAUACGGGCCUAAAUUAAAAAAAAAAUAUAUGUAAUAAUAAAUUAUCUACUGAUAUCCUAAACUUUUUAUAUACGUGUAAAUUCUCCGAGCAUUGCUCGGAGGGUAAAUUAAUCAAUAUCAAUGGACCGUAUUAACGAAAAAAUGAUAAAAAGAAGAAGAAUGUAAAUGUCAAACUAGUGUCAAAGGAAGAUGACAGAUGACAGUCUCAGUAAAACAGGAAGGUGACAGAAAGAUUGUUUAUAAACAUUCAUGUAUUAAAAAACUAAUUAACAAUGUCCUACAGCGUAAAUAUUUCUGUGGAAGCACCGACCGAAAAUCAAAUUCAAGAAAUAACGUACGACGGAACAGAAAUAUACCAACCUCCUUUAACUCUAUCCGAAAGUCUUGCUAAAUAUGCUCAAAAAAUAGACUUUAGUAAGACCUCAGAAGUAGAAAUUAAAAAGGAAGAGUCGAAUGAAGAUUCCAAAUCGGACACAGAUAGCAAAGAUGCAUUUCAAUCGUCAUUGUGGCCCUGGGAUUCUGUUCGCAAUAAACUAAGAAAUACCUUACAAGAAGUAUGUGUAUUAGCCGACGUUCUAGCUAUUGCCAAAGACAAGAGGUAUUUAGUUUUGGACCCUGUUCAACAGGAGCCACUGGAGACAAAACCUAUGGUGCAGAUUUAUGCCAGAAAAAAGGCUCUUGCUGGUGCUGCUAGCGUACUGUUAGCAGGUUCAGAAAAAAUGAAAAAUUCUCAAAACGAGGCUGCCAGAAGUCGUACUACUCUAGAUUUUCACAUCGAACUACUCAGAUUAAGGCAAAAUUGGCGUUUAAAAAAAGUUUCCAACACCAUAAUUGGUGAUCUAAGUUAUCGCACAACUGGUUCUAAGUACUUACAAACUGGCACAUUUGAAGUUACUAAAGCAGAAGAUGAGGAAAAAGUAACCAGCCCUCCUAGUAGUCCUCUGCCUGGAGGCCCGGCUCCUGUAAAGCCUACCAGUGCUUUGAGAGUUUCCAUACCAUCAGAAUUGCAGGGUGUUGCUUAUAUUGAGGUUCUUUGUCAAAAAGAUCAGGAGGAUUUGUGUACUGCAAAUUUAACACUUCUGGGAUCUGGUCCUCCUCCGUCUAAUCCCGAUAUGCAUUGGCAGCAGAAAUUGGAGGCAGCACAAAAUGUUUUGUUCUGCAAGGAGUUAUUUAAUCAGUUGGCGAAAGAGGCGGUUCAGUUGCAAGCACCCAUACCUCAUAUGGUUGUCGGAAACCAGAUUAUGGCCACUGUGUUACCAGGCAUCCAACUUAUAAUUGCCCUGCGACACUCGACGUCUAGCGAUAAAAAGCAACAAAAUCCUCCACCGUCUAAGAGUGAUCACGAUCAUGUUUUAGAACAUUCUCUUCAUCAGUUGUUGAGAGAAGUGCAUCACAAAAAUACCCACCAUCCAUUUCCUCAUCCGGCUACAGGACCAUUGGGACCGUCUAAGAAAAGAAUGCUUGCAGGUCCGACAGCAGCAGAUAGAUACGAACUUCUAGAGAUGACGAAAACCCAAACACUGUUGGAACAGAUCGUCCAGCAAGCCCAGCACUUCAUAAUGCGCAUGCGUACCGAAUACGUGUUGGACACCAUAGCUAAGGAGGUGAAAGAUCCUCUUAUUACCUCGCAUUGGAAUACUUUGAACAGCCCCACGCAGUCUUGUGUGAAAAUCCACAUUUCCACGCACGGAUACGACGCUGUCUGCCGUACGCCGCUGAUCAUCCACGUGGGCGAGAAGAGUUUGAAGUGCAUCUGCAGAGACGGUAAAGUUAUGAAUAUGAGCUACGAGCCCCAGGAAUUGAGAGAUUUGAUUUUUUGUCACAUCAACCAGCAUCAGAUCUUGGCUGUACAGGCUCUGGCCAAGACCAUGGGCUGGCAAGCAUUGGGAAACUCAAAUCAUUUAGGUACUGGAACUGUGGAACCUUUAGGAAACGCGAGCUCCUGUCUGUUAUCCUCGCCGACCGGCGACAGGAUAAUAGCGGUUCGGUGCGAACCAUCCGACACCCAAGUGUCUGUAGCCCAUUCGCCCAGGCAGGAUUUCUUCCCGUCGAGAUUGGUGACUGAGAGAAAAUGGGAGCAUUUAGGGGGACAGUUCAGAGACGUACGGUUGGACAAGAUGGAGGGCAGGAAUUUUUUGCAUAAAAUGGAGCUGUUGAUGGCUAGUUUGACUAGUAGUUCUUAGGAUUGAUUAUGUGUAAUAUUUAUUAUUUAAAAUGGUAGAUGUAAGAAUAAAAUCAUCUUUUUGUU